CACCACCCCCAACAAGGCACUGCUUCCUCCACCUAUAGAGUGAGAGGUUCCCGGUAGAAGAGGAUUCGCGCACACCCGAUACUAGCACGCCCAAAAAGCCCGUGUGAUCGCACGGGGCGAGGGCAGUUUCGUUUCUAGUAGCACUUCAUUAUAUUUCGCCGGCCGUUACUUUUUACAGAUUUUGCGAACGCUACGAUUUCGAUACGGAAAAUAAUGUUUGCUGAAAUUUGCACGGUACUCCCAAAAGUAAACGGUUUUUAUUCGCUAGAGUUCGUAAAUGUUUUAUUGAAUGAGGCAUAAAAAACGAAAAAUUAUUUAAUAUUUAUAUUCUUCAGAUGUAAAACUGAAGAUCGAUUUUAGAAACGCUUCAGUUUUUUUCGUCUUGAAGGAAUGCAAUAAGUGUUGUGUGCUAUUUUCAAGUCAAAUAUAUCGAAUUUGUGACAUAUCACAUCGAGUUUGUGUUCUUUAGCUAUAUAAGGAUGUGAUAUUAGGUAGUUAAAAGAAAUUCUAAUCUAUUUAAAAAUAUAGUGAUGUCUGGAAAUGAUUAUGAUUCGUUCUGAAAGAUGUAAAGCAAGAAAAAUUUUAAAAAAUCUAAUACUAUUCCAGUACAUUUUUCUCUCUCUAUCUUUUAUUGGGAAUUCAAAUAACCUUGUUAUUUGAAUAAAAUUCUUUAAUUCUCUAAUUUCAAAUAAACUCUAAUUGAUCUCUCGAGCUUCAAAAUCAAAGUACAAAUUUUAUUCGUACUGAAUAAAUGAAUCAUGCUAUACAUCGAGAUGUUAAUAAUGGUUGAUGUUUGCAAUUAUUUAUUAAACCGUUAUCUACUGAAGGUAUAAUACCGAUAUCACUUACAUUAGCUUUAAAUACUGGUGCUUAUAGUGUGGUUAAUACUACUUAAAGUAACUCGUGAAGACAUAUCACUUUGUUAGGAGAAAGAACUAGAACUGUAUUAGGAGGAGAGAAAAGUAAUUUCGUUAAAGUUUGGAACAUACAUUAGUCUCAGUGAAAGGCAUCGACAAUGCCUUGGUAUCGAGGACCAAGUGGUUCUGCUCAAGAUUUAAUUGAAUUACAAAAGGAGGAAUCUGUUCCUGCUGCAGAAGUAAGCAAACUUCGAAGGGUUCUUACUUCACAUGCAAAAAGAAGAAAGAAAAAAUCAGCUCAUCAUGUUGGGGGAUUUUGUCUCACAUCGGUACUGAAAGAGCCGCUUUGCUUAGUGAACUCUGUUCCCCUCAAUUUUGAAUUUGGAAGCUCCUCAACAACAGAUCUAGCAGCUAGACGAGGCGUUUUUAGUAGGCGCAGAUAUGGCUCUGUUGAAAUGCUUGCAUCAUGUGAUAGUGAAGGAUCUGAAAGUUUAGUUAGAAGGUUCCGAGUUGAAAAUGGGGAACAAGUAGAGAAAGAUGAAGUUUAUGGAUCUCCAAGUACUCCUGUAUUAGAAAAUCCCGAAUAUCAAACGCGUUGGUAUUUCAAGUUCUUUCUAGGAAAGUUACAUCAGAAUUAUGUUGGGGCUGAUGCAGAAAAAAUACCUUUCUUUCUAUCAGUUGUCCUCACAGAUGCGAACUCCCAAGGAGUACAGCAGUACAGGGCAAUUUUGUGGCGAAAGACGGGCGCACAAAAGAUUUGUCUUUCCCACUCUCCCGGCAAACCUUUGACUGUGAAAUCUAUUUUAAGCAAUUUUCAAAAUAUGGAUAAAAUUGAAAAAGGUCCUAAAGAGAUAUUUUCUCCAGAAAUACAGAAGGAUUUACUCUUGCUAGAAGAACAAGAAGGUUCUGUGAACUUUAAGUUUGGUGUUUUAUUUGCGAAAGCACGGCAAACAACAGACGAUGAAAUGUUCAGUAAUGAAGUUGGCACAAAAGAUUUUGACAAGUUUGUAUGCUUAUUGGGUGAAAAAAUAAGGCUAAAGAGUUGGGAUAAAUACAGGGGAGGACUUGAUGUCAAAGGUGAUAUGACGGGUAAAUAUUCAGCCUAUACAAUUUACGAAGGUCACGAAAUCAUGUUUCAUGUCUCUACCCUUCUGCCUUAUUCUAAAGACAAUCGCCAACAAGUAGAAAGAAAGAGGCAUAUAGGCAACGAUAUUGUGAAUAUAAUAUUUCUUGAAGGUUCUCAUGUUGACCACAUAAACUUCAAACCAACAAUGAUAAAAUCUCAAUUUACUCAUAUUUUUGCAGUUGUUUCCUAUGAGAGAGAGGAAGAUUCCUAUAGACUAUCAGUGUAUUCAGAGGAGUCAGUUCCAUUAUUUGGCCCGACUCUCCCAAAUCCACCGAUUUUCAAAAACCAUCAAGAGUUUAGGGAAUUUCUUCUCGUGAAAUUAAUAAAUGGUGAAAAAGCUGCUUUUAACACACCUACAUUUGCUCAGAAAAGGGAGAGGACUUUAGACAUGUUGAUAAAGGAUCUAUAUACAGAGCAUAUGGCAGAAAAUCGAGGGACAAUGUUAAACCGAAGAGCUUUCAGUGAUGUGCUUUCUGAUGCAUCAAAAACAUCACGAAGAAAAGAGGAAGCAAGACAGGUUGAGUUCGUCAGGAUUGGACAAGCAUUGAAAUUAGACACGAUCGUAAAAGGGGAUGCUCCUACUAGCUUGGCCACAACUAGUCUUUUUAAAAGAGAACCCUGGGAGCCGCAGUGCUUUUAUCCAGAUUUUCCACACGAAAUUGUUUGUGGAGAUUCUUGGGGUGAUAAUAGAUUAGUUCUAGCCACAGAGGAUGGGACAUUCGUAGUUGAAGAGGGUGCUAGCCAUAGAUUAAUUUUUGAUAAAUCUGUACAAGUCAAGCAACUUAGUGUAGUUGAAGCUCACGGUAUACUUCUUAUUAGAGCUGAUAAAGGUCGUGAUAGUCGAAUUCAUGUAUUUCGCCUAUCCGAUUUCGAAGGAGAACAGAACGAGUCUCUAGUACGAACGAAAUCGGACAUCAGAGAUCAUAAAAUUGAAAGAUCUAAAGGUUGCCAUUUAUAUGCAUUAAGCAGACCAGGUGGAAGUCAUUUGCGGAUGGCUGUCGCCUUGGGACGGAAACUCGUUAUUUUGCAAUGGAGGCAUUCUGCAGCAUGGACAACUUGGUGUGCCGCAUCAGAUACAGAUACUGUUGAUGGUUUUCAAUUUACAAAGGAAAUUUCCCUCUCAGACACUCCUCAACUUAUUACAUUAGUGGAUAGUCCUGUGACUGGAUUUGAUAAUCAGAUAUGCGUUGGUUACCGGCAUCAGUUCGAUUUGGUGAAUGAGAAAACAGGCGAAAUUCAACGACUUCAUGUGAUCGAGGGAAAUAAAGGUAAUCUCAUUGCAGCUAUCGAUGUGUAUGAAGAUGAUGAAGCAGAACUGUUACUAUGUUAUAAUCAUAUGACGCAUUUCCAAAAGCUUUUUGAAGAAGGCACAAGCGAGUUUGAUUUUCAAUGGAAUGCAGUACCAGAAGCUAUAGUGUGUGCCUUUCCAUACGUCAUGGCGUUUACAUCAGAUAACAUAGAGAUUCGUCUAGUGAUUAAUGGUAACCUAGUACAAAGCAUGGUUAUGCCGAGCCUCAGGUUGAUCACAGCAAAGAGUGAUAUAAUAUUUGCGACGACAGCACCGGAAAGUUUUCAGGUUCGCAGAGAACGAGUUAAAGUGGAUAAGAUGGACCGGGAUCCCAGUCUUUCCCCUCCACCCUCACCUCAUUCUAUGGGUGGCUACGCUCCAUAUCCAUUUGAUGGAGUGAAGCCGUUCAGAAUCUUUCGCAUUUCAUACACGUCUCUAACUGGAAGCUCACCCAGUGAGAGAAGAGUUCCAACUCCAUCAACCCCAACUACCAAUUCAAUGCUCAAUGCCACUUCUUCAGGUCUCACUUACCUCACCCCGGACGCACAGGUUGACCAUCACUCUGGGGAAAGUAAUAGAUUGAGAGCGGAAGCUGCUGCCAGACCAAGCAGGAGUGCUUCUUCAUCUCCUUUGCCGCAACUGCCCUUUCAUCGGCAGCCCUCCCCUACCAGGGGAUUGAACAGAGAUCAUAUCCAUUCUGCUAGCUCAGAUUCUGGACUGGGCAAAAGCCUCGGCUCAACGCCGCCCCCAAGUCCUUUUGUUGUGGCCGAGCAAGAUCCUGCAGCAUUUCAAGAAAAAUGACGAAAAAACUUCAACAAAAAAUAACUUCGUUCCGUGUUUGUCUAAAUGUUUAUUCAUAUUUAUCAUCGUUCUAAACAUUUGUAGUAAAAAUGGACAGAAUAUAUGAACUUUAUAAGAGAAUUGAUAAUCGGGCACAUUUUAACUAAAUAAAAAAAUCUUUCUAUGUUACUGAUUUAUUAUGAAGAAAUUUUAAGAAAAAUACUUUUUAUUUUCAUUUUGCUAAUGACUUAUUAUAAUGAAUAGUAAGAAUAUCGUAACUUAAAGAUUGUUUCACGAUACCAAAGUGAAUGAGAUUUCUAAUUAAAUGCAUUGAAUCUAUUAUAUAUUGCAAUUGUUACCCUAACAAACGAGUGCAUUCAACUAUAAAUAUUGUUUCGAGAAACAUAUUCAUACAAUUUCGAAAGAAAUAUCAAAUAGAAGAAUUGACUUAACUAAUUUUAUUCUUUACAUGUCUGAACGCUUUGACCAAUAAGAAGCAACUCGUAAUCGGUCAACAAAGUUUGGGCAGAAGACAAUGUUUAGAAUUUUUAACAUUACUUCUAUAUUCAAUUGCAAAAUAAUAGUCGUUAAUAUGACCUAUUUUCUGUAUGAAGUUAUCGGUCAGCAAAGUGUUAAUACUACAACGCAAAAUACAAAAUUUGAGUUAAUUUUAUAGGAGUUUAUAAAGUGGGCUAUCUUAUAAUAAGAAGAACUUAUCUUGGGGAGAUAUAUAUUUUUAAGGAUUGUCAACUCAAAAUAAAAAAUCACAAAGUUAACAAUUAAAAAGUUUUAUUUGUUUUAAACUUAAUCAUCCAAGUUUACUCUUAAAAUAAAACGUAAAAGCUUCUAGCAUUUAUAAUUGUAUGGUUAAUAUGUUUAAACUAUAUUGUCCUAACAGAUGCUAUUUUUCUUAUAUUACGGUAAUAUAAUAUCGGAGAAAUAUAUCUCCAUUAAAGUCUUUCUGUCCAUUUUUGCUGCAAAUUAUCAUAAUGUAGCACUUGGCUGCAGCUGCUACAAAAAUUUAAAUUUUGAUCAUUAUAAUGAAAUAUUUUAUUACACUAUUUAUUAAGCACAGCUGAGAAUAGCUUUGAAAUUUAUAAUAACAAACUUAUAAAACUCAUUUUUUGCUACUUUUAUAUUUUCUCUUUUUUACUUAAAAAUAAUUUUAUAUUUAUGCAACAAAUUCUAAAUAUUUUAUGAUCAAAAAUGCUUCAGAAUUUCAUGCUAUAUGAUAUAAAAUAAUUUAAGAGUAGAAGCUACAUGAUUUUCUAUGUUUGAAUUACAUUUUGGUUUUAUCUAAAUCAAACAAAAAUGAAAGAAAAUUAAUUUAAAGGACCCCAUAACGAUAAGUAAAACUUUCAAAUUGCUUAGGAGAUAGUUGAAUUAAAAAUACAGUCAUUUAUUGAAAUAGGAUAUUUUUGUAUAUUAUGUUAUAACUAUUAAAAUUCCCAAAAAUCUAAAGUUUAUGAACUGAAAACAAUAAUGAGGAACAGCUUCAUACAAAAAUGUCAAUUUUUUGAAAAGAAUCUGGGCUAUUAUCCCCCCCCCAUCUUCAAUUUAAAUUUUUUUAAAAAAUCACAUUUUUUUCAGAAAAUGUUAAUUAUAAAAUUUAUCAUUAUUCUAACAAACAAAUACGAAAUUAAAUUUUUAUUUGAAGCAGAUACAAUUUUUGUUAUUUUGCCUUCUUACAAAAUAUAAAUUGCGUUUUACCAUUUCAAUCAAAUCAAAUGAGUCAUUGUAAUAAAUAUGUUCUGUCAUAUUUCUUUUAUCUUAAAUUUCUUGGAGGUAGAAACUUUUGACGAAAUCAAAUUUUUAUAUUAUUUCCUUCUUC